AUGGCUCCGCGUCUGCAGAGGCAGAACGCGACUCCAUGGAGUUCUGUUCUUAGUCGGAUUUGCAUGCAGUUGUGCUGUUCGGUUUCCUCAAGAGCUCGUUGUUUUAAAAAGCUCUUUCUUUUUCGUUCCUUUUGGGAAAGUCUCUUCCACCAAAUAAUAGAAUCUGUCCCUCCAGCUGGGCCCGAGGCAUCUGAGUCAACAACGGAUGAAAAUGAAGAUGACAUUCAGUUUGUUAGUGAAGGACCAUUAAGACCUGUUCUGGAAUACAUUGAUCUGAUCAGCAGUGAUGAUGAAGAGCCUAGCACCUCCCAUAGUGAUGAUAAUGUUAAGCAUAAAGACUAUAUUGACCAUCAGAAGGAUAAAGUUGCUUUAACUCUGGCUCGUCUAGCCCGCCACGUCGAAGUGGAGAAACAGCAGAAAGAGGAGAAGAAUAGAGCAUUCAGGGAAAAAAUCGAUUUUCAGCAUGCUCAUGGGUUACAGGAAUUGGAAUUUAUUCGAGGACAUUCUGAUACAGAAGCAGCAAGACUGUGUGUGGACCAGUGGCUAAAAAUGCCAGGACUCAAAACAGGCACAAUUAAUUCUGGGAAAAAAAGUUCAUUCCGAAGAGGAGGCCAGAUGCAGGUGUCUGGGAAACCAAUUUUAUGUCCCAUAAUGCACUGUAACAAGGAAUUUGAUAAUGGACACCUUCUCUUAGGACAUUUGAAAAGGUUUGAUCACUCUCCAUGUGAUCCGACAAUUACACUACAUGGACCAUUCGUCAAUUCCUUUGCUUGUGUAGUAUGUUACAAAAAUUUUGUUACUCAACAGCAAUAUAGGGAUCAUCUUUUUGCUAAGGAAGCUGCAGAUGAUGGACAUAAAAACAACCUUCUUCCUCAGAUUAUUCAGUGUUUUGCAUGUCCAAAUUGCUUCCUUCUUUUUAGCAGCAAGGAUGAGUGUUUGAAGCAUAUGUCUGGAAAGAAUCAUUUCCAUCAGAAUUUUAAACUGAGUGAUGACAAGGGAAUAGCACAGCCAAUAUCAUUUCCAUCUUUUGCAAAGAAACUUCUGAUCUCUCUCUGCAAAGAUGUCCCAUUUCAAGUUAAGUGUGUGGCCUGCCACCAGACACUACGUUCUCACAUGGAGCUCACUGCCCACUUCAGAGUUCGUUGUCGAAAUGCUGGUCCUGUAGCUUUGGCUGAGAAGAGCAUUGCCCAAGUUGCAGAAAAAUUCGUAUUAAGAGGUUACUGUCCAAAUUGCAACCAAGUCUUUGCGGAUGAAACCAGUACCCGAAAUCACAAGCAGAAUUCAGGGCACAAAGUCCGAGUCAUUACCUCAAUGGAAGAAUCAGUCUUACUUUAUUGCCAUAGCAGUGAAGGGAACAAACCUUCUUCUGACUUGAAUCUCUUGCUAGAUCGAUCAAAAUUUUCAUCACUUAAAAGAACCAUGUCUGUUCAAGAAUCUAACUCACAAGAUUGCACCACUGUUCCAAAAAAGAAGAUGAAUUUAGAAGGUAAAAGCCACGAAGGUACAGUUUGUGUUCAGAAAGAAAAGUCAUUUGUUAAAACCUGGUUUUGUGAAUGCCAUCAACAAUUCCUAAGUGAAGAUGCAGUAGAAAAACAUGUUUUCUCAGCAAACACAAUGUGUUAUAAGUGUGUGGUCUGUGGAAAGGUAUGUGAAGAUUCAGGGGUCAUCCGUUUACAUAUGAGCCGGAUUCAUGGAGGGGCACAUUUAAAUAACUUUCUUUUCUGGUGUCGGACAUGCAAAAAGGAGUUAACAAGAAAAGAGACUAUCAUGGCACAUGUGACUGAAUUUCAUAAUGGACACAGAUAUUUUUAUGAGACGGAUGAGGUAGAAAGUGAAACUUUGCCAACAUCCUCUGCAACAUUGGUGAGUAAUUUGACUGCUAAGAAUCCUUCAACUAUUACUAUUAUUGAUCAUUCUCCAGCAAAUAGUCCUCCAAGGGGUAAAUGGCAGUGCCGAAUUUGUGAAGAUAUGUUUGAUUCCCAGGACUGUGUAAAACAGCAUUGCAUGUCUUUAGCAAGUCACCAGUUUCAUAGAUACAGCUGUGCCCAUUGCAAAAAGACUUUUCACAAGGUUGAAACACUGUACCGACAUUGCCAAGAUGAGCAUAACAAUGAGAUAAAAGUUAAGUACUUCUGUGGGCUUUGUGAUCUUACCUUUAAUGUGGAAGAAGCAUUUUUAAGUCAUUAUAAGGAGCACCACAGCACAGAUUAUGUGUUUGUGUCAGAAAAAACUGAAACUUCAAUUAAAACUGAGAAUGAUUUUCCAGUAAUAGAGACCAGUAACCUGUUAACCUGUGGUUGCCGUGAGAGUUACCUCUGUAAAGUUAACAGAAAGGAAGAUUAUGGUAGAUGUCUCCAAAUCAUGCUGGAUAAAGGUAAACUGUGGUUUCGCUGCACCUUGUGUUCAGCAACAGCACAGAAUGUAACUGACAUCAAUACUCACAUCCAUGAAGUGCACAGAGAAGAAAAGAGUGAGGAGGAAAAGGAGCAACGGUAUGUCAUCAAGUGUGGCACUUGCACCAAAGUGUUUCACGAUCCUGAGAGUGCUCAGCAGCACUUCCAUAGAAAACACUGCUUUUUACGGAAACCCAGUGUGGCUCAUUUCGGAUCUGAGAAAACAAGCCUGUACAAGUUUGCUGCCAGUGCCUCACGUCCAGAGAGAAAACUAAAACAGGCAGUAAGCCAUCCAAAAAAUUCAGAGAUGGAGAAGGGAGCCGAGAAUGACCUAAGCUGUCAGAAUAUAGAUGAAGAAGUUGUUGAACUUCCAGAUUUGGAUUAUCUGCGAACCAUGACUCAUAUAGUCUUUGUAGACUUUGAUAACUGGUCAAACUUUUUUGGUCAUCUACCAGGGCAUCUUAACCAAGGAACAUUCAUCUGGGGCUUUCAAGGAGGAAACACCAAUUGGAAGCCUCCACUCAACUGUAAGAUCUAUAAUUACCUGAAUAGGAUUGGAUGUUUCUUCCUUCAUCCUCGUUGUAGUAAAAGAAAAGAUGCUGCUGAUUUUGCCAUAUGUAUGCAUGCUGGCCGUCUAGAUGAACAACUACCCAAGCAGAUUCCUUUCACCAUCCUCUCAGGAGAUCAAGGUUUUCUGGAGCUAGAGAACCAAUUUAAGAAGACUCAGAGGCCAGCACAUAUACUAAACCCUCACCAUUUAGAGGGAGAUAUGAUGUGUGCCUUGUUAAAUAGCAUAUCUGAUACUACCAAAGAAUGUGAUAGUGAUGAUAACCUGGGUAUAAAAAAUACUUCAAUAGAAGAAGAAUUCACAUCCACAGAAGCAAGAAGGGGCGAUCGAGUUAGGUCCUCCCCUUCCUUCGUCAGCCCCUCCAGGUGCCUCGGAGGCCGCUCCUCCGGCCCCGGGCCCUGGCUGCCCACCCUGGAGGCCCCGUGGCCAGCGAGGUCCCUCCCGCAGCCGCAGUCGCUCCCCGCCGGGGACCGUACCCUGAGCUCGGCGGGCGGCGCGCCUGCCCUUGUUUGGCCACGCGGCGGCGGCGGUGUCGGCGCAUCCUCCCGGGCCGCCCCCGCGGGCGUCAGAGGGAGGCGGGCGCCCCGCGCGGUGACGGCGACGCCUGCGGCCGCGGGACUCUCCACUCGCCGCCGCCGGAGAGGCCGGUGA